AGGAAGUGGAGGCUGUUUUUGUUUUGUUUUUUUGGUUGUGGAGACUCUUGAAGAAAUGCUUGUUGGUGGUUAGCAGCGCAGCUCUUCGGCCAGCUCUUCUUGGAUUCAUUUAACAUUAUUUGGCCAAAUAAUGAAUUUACUACCGUCUAAUCCGCACGGGAACGGCCUCCUUUAUGCUGGAUUUAAUCAGGAUCACGGAUGCUUUGCGUGUGGAAUGGAGAAUGGGUUUCGUGUGUACAAUACUGAUCCGUUGAAGGAGAAAGAGAAGCAAGGUACAGGACGAGCUCUGUUGGAGUUUUCGGAGGGUGGAGUCGGCCACGUGGAGAUGCUGUUCAGAUGUAACUAUCUCGCACUCGUGGGAGGAGGAAAGAAACCCAAGUACCCGACCAACAAAGUCAUGAUUUGGGACGAUCUGAAGAAGAAGACUGUUAUUGAGAUUGAAUUCUCCACCGAAGUCAAAGCGGUGAAGCUGCGACGUGACAGGAUCGUGGUGGUUCUGGACUCCAUGAUCAAAGUGUUCACUUUUACUCACAACCCACAUCAGCUGCACGUGUUUGAGACGUGCUACAACCCAAAAGGGCUGUGUGUGCUGUGCCCCAACAGCAACAACUCUCUCUUAGCAUUCCCUGGGACUCAUUCUGGCCAUGUGCAGAUCGUGGACCUUGCCAACACAGAGAAGCCGCCCGUUGACAUACCUGCCCACGAGGGGGCGCUGUGCUGCAUCGCUCUAAACUUGCAGGGAACGAGGAUAGCCACUGCCUCAGAGAAAGGGACUCUCAUUAGAAUAUUCGACACCUCGACGGGUCAGCUCAUACAGGAGCUGCGACGAGGCUCUCAAGGUGCCAACAUUUACUGCAUCAAUUUCAACCAGGACGCGUCCCUCAUCUGCGUGUCCAGUGAUCAUGGGACGGUGCACAUCUUUGCAGCAGAAGACCCCAAAAGGAACAAACAGUCAAGCUUGGCGUCUGCCAGCUUUCUUCCCAAAUACUUCAGCUCCAAGUGGAGCUUUUCCAAGUUCCAGGUCCCGUCAGGAUCACCUUGUGUCUGUGCCUUUGGAACGGAACCCAACGCCGUCAUAGCCAUUUGUGCCGACGGCAGCUACUACAAGUUCCUGUUCAACCAGAAAGGGGAGUGUUCCAGAGACGUCUACGCCCAGUUCCUGGAGAUGACAGAUGACAAAAUAUAACCUUUGACCCCUGUACAGACUUGUCAUGACUUUUUUUGUUUUUGGGUUCCGCGCUGCAUUUCAUUUUGCCUGGACGGACUCUUUCAGAGCGUCGGACGAGUGAAGAAGCACAGUGAAACGUCGCAGCACCAACUUCCUGCGCAUCGUGAAGACGGAGAGUUCGUCUGCUGAAGAUGUCAUUUUCAGUGGAAUUUACAAAGGAAUUUUUUUUUU